CCACGCGGGAGAAGGGGUGCCCUGCUUUCGCUUUGUUUUCCGAACUGUGCUCCGGUCUUCCCUCCUCCCCGCCUCACCUGACAUCUUCCUGGAAGGAAAAUCCCUGGGAGCCCGUUAAGCCCACUUUCGGUCAAAAUAUUUUGAGGAACCAGGGCAGAAGUUAACCUUUUCUAUUCUUUCAGUCCUACCGCGGCACCUCCCUCCAUGGCAGUUCCCGAGACCCGACCCAACCAUACUAUUUAUAUCAACAACCUCAACGAGAAGAUCAAGAAGGAUGAGCUGAAGAAGUCCCUGUAUGCUAUCUUCUCCCAGUUUGGCCAGAUCCUGGAUAUCCUGGUGUCACGGAGCCUGAAGAUGAGGGGCCAAGCCUUUGUCAUCUUUAAGGAAGUCAGCAGUGCCACCAACGCCCUGCGUUCCAUGCAGGGUUUCCCCUUCUACGACAAGCCCAUGCGUAUCCAGUAUGCCAAGACCGACUCUGAUAUCAUUGCCAAGAUGAAGGGCACUUUUGUGGAGCGUGACCGUAAGCGGGAGAAGAGGAAGCCCAAGAGCCAGGAGACCCCAGCUGCAAAGAAGGCCGUGCAGGGCGGGGCAGCCACCCCUGUAGUGGGGGCUGUCCCAGGGCCUGUCCCGGGCAUGCCGCCGAUGACUCAGGCGCCCCGCAUCAUGCACCACAUGCCAGGCCAGCCUCCCUACAUGCCGCCCCCUGGCAUGAUCCCACCUCCAGGCCUCGCACCUGGCCAGAUACCACCGGGGGCCAUGCCCCCACAGCAGCUUAUGCCAGGGCAGAUGCCACCUGCUCAGCCUCUUUCAGAAAACCCACCAAAUCACAUCUUGUUCCUCACCAACCUGCCAGAGGAGACCAAUGAGCUCAUGCUGUCCAUGCUUUUCAAUCAGUUCCCUGGCUUCAAGGAAGUCCGGCUGGUCCCAGGGCGGCACGACAUCGCCUUUGUGGAGUUUGACAAUGAGGUUCAGGCAGGGGCGGCUCGAGAUGCCCUCCAGGGCUUUAAGAUCACCCAGAACAACGCCAUGAAGAUCUCCUUUGCCAAGAAGUAGCACCUUUCCCCCAUGCUUGCCCCCACCUCCUGUUUGGGGGCCUUCCCUCUUCCCCUUGGCUCGGCCCCCUGAAGGUAAGUCCCCGUAGGGGGCCUUCUUGGAGCCACGUGUGUGAGUGAGUGGUCACACAGCAUUGUACCCAGAGUCUGUCCCCAGACAUUGCACCUGGCGCUGUUAGGCUGGAAUUAAACUGUUUUUUAUGUUUGA